AUGAAUGAUAUAAUAUGUAUUGAUAAUAUAUUGAUUGCUAUGUUAGCAAUACAAAAAAUGAAGGUGGAUAUACAUCUCGCAAGAAGCCGCUAUCACCGUUUGCCAAGUUUCGUGAACUCGACAGACAAAAUAGCGCCGCUUCGUCACCUAGAUUUUCCUUCUAUAUUUAGUCCUGUAAAGUCACCGGCAACAGAGUUUCGAUUCAAAUUUACCGAACCAGCAGUGCGGGACAACGCGGCACAAAUAAAAGAGCGGCUACUGGCGUGGUGCCGUUCCAAAACCAAAGAAUACGAGAAUGUACAAUUAGAUAAUUUCUCGACGAGCUGGAACAACGGAUUGGCGUUUUGCGCUCUGCUUCAUCACUUCAGACCAGACGCUUUCGACUUUUACUCGCUACGGCCGGAGAAUCGCAGAAUGAAUUUUGAGUUGGCGUUUAAAAAAGCCGAUGAACUCGCCGGGAUCGCACCACUACUUGAUGUUGAAGAUAUGGUGAUGAUGCGUCGACCAGAUUGGAAGUGUGUCUUUACCUAUGUGCAGUCCAUUUAUCGCCGCUUUAAAGAUGAAGAUUAA